AGAGAAGAAAAAAAUCCAGCUGGUGCCUUGAAGUACGGUUCUACAAGACAAGAGAACAUCUUAAAGAGGCGAAGCUAAAUUUAUACCUACCUGACGUCAUAAGCCAGAAGUUCUAAGAUAGGUGAGAAGAAAAAAAUGCUUUGGUGAUGCUGUGAACAUUAAGUUGAAAAUGGAAUGAAUGAGACUUUCUUAACGACAAUUCUUCAUAACCCAACAAUUUACUUUUCCUCUAAGAAAAGAAGUUAAAAGGCAAGAAAAAAAAGUUAAUAAUAAUUAGACGGUUGCCUGUCUGUGGAUUUUCAAGGUCUCCUUAUCUAAACUCUCUUGGAAAAGUUUUGCAACAAUCUGUACUCUCUGUAAGCUAUGUGUGGUGGGGGUGAUUGCUUGGAAUAACCCACAAGUUGGGAUAAUGAAGAUGAUCAUAGUGUGAGUGUGGGGAGGUUAUGGCCGGGGGUCGGAGUGAACCUGUUCCUGGUGGGAGGUUCGAUUUCGACGAUGGUGGUACGUAUUGCGGAGGAUGGGAGGAUGGUAAGGCCCACGGUCAUGGAGUGUGCACGGGACCGAAGAGUCAGGGGGAGUACAGUGGAUCAUGGCACUUUGGAUUUGAAGUGUCUGGUGUCUACACGUGGCCCAGUGGAAGUACGUAUGAAGGUCAGUGGCAGAACGGCAAAAGACAUGGUUUAGGAGUCGAGACCCGUGGUCGCUGGACGUACCGGGGGGAGUGGACUCAGGGAUUCAAAGGUCGAUAUGGUAUCCGGCAGAGUGUAAGCUCCGGUGCUAAAUAUGAAGGCACUUGGGCUAACGGCCUGCAGGAUGGAUACGGAUCUGAGACAUACGCCGAUGGAGGUACUUUCCAGGGUCAGUGGAUGCGAGGCAUGCGUCACGGUUACGGAGUGCGGACAAGUGCGAACUUCGGACUGGCCUCCCACUACCGUCCGAAGAGUGUCCGUGGGUCCCUGCAGUCGAUCCCAGCGAGCGAACAAGCGGAUCCCGCCAGCGAUCGAGAUCGAAAAAUCGACGACUUCCGGGGAGGAUUUGUUCUCAAAUCCCGGAGUGACGAACCACCUGCCCGAAGACGAUCCCUCGUAGAGAAGUCCACCAAUCUCAAGAAGUCCAUCUUGCAGGGCCUCAAGAUCAAGAAGCAGAGAAGUACAGAGGACAUCGACCGCCGGGGAGUGAGCUCGAUCCGGAGCUCGGGUUCUAAUCUGAGUUCUGCGAGCUCUGAGUCGAGUCACUCGGGGGUGGCCCACAGCCAAGGUGGGUCUAUCCAUACGGACAGCAACGUGAGCUUCGUGAGUCAGGAUGAACUUUGCGAUACUGCCGUCACUGAGACAUACUUGGGGGAGUGGAAAAACGACAGGAGAUGCGGUUUCGGAAUUGCAGAACGAUCCGAUGGAUUGAAAUACGAAGGAGAGUGGUACAACAACAAGAAAUAUGGCUACGGGGUGACGACACUCAAGGACGGAACAAGGGAGGAGGGUAAAUACAAGAACAAUGUCCUAGUGUCAUCUGGCAAAAAGAAACAUCUAUUCAUGUUGAGAUCUGCUAAGUUCAAGGAAAGGAUAGAUGCAGCAGUCAAUGCUUCCCACAGGGCCUCUCAGAUAGCUCUACAAAAGGCUGACAUUGCGAUAUCAAGGACAGCUACAGCUCGAGGUAAAUCCGAGCAAGCUGACCUCUCAGCUUUCCAUUCUCAAGAGGAUUCGAACAUCGCCAGACAAAUCGCCAAACAGUUCGAUCCCGACGUCAAAAUGCCCGAUAUGAUGAGAAAUAAACUCCACGACAGAUUAAACCCUAAUCCGUCGUCGAGAGUUCCUUUCACAAAUCUCAGCAACCAAACGCUAUCAGGAGAGACGCCGGACAGCAAUCGAACAGACUCGCCUCUGGAUCAAUCGAGGAGGAAUAUGUCCCCUCGAAACAUGAGUUUGAACACACCAACUCAACAGUACAGAUAUGGUGAAACUCCUCAAAACAGGAUAACUCAAAACAGUUCGCCACAGGAUAUGUAUAUAACACAAAACGUCGCUAAUCAAAAUCAGUAUCCUCACCCCAAGAAUCAAAUCAAUAUGAAUCAAACUUCGUACCCGAUCCCUCCACAAAACCAAGAUUCCAGGUAUGUGCCCCAACAGAUGAUGUCCCAGGAUCGUUAUCCUGUACCUCAACAACAACAAGCACCUCAACAGCCUUAUCUCAACCAAACCCAAGGAUAUGGGUCUUAUCCUUCCAAGCUUCCGCCCCACGUUCCGCAAGAAGUGCUACAACCGUCGUACCAAAAAAUGAACGCUAAUUAUUUGGGUCCUGCUCCCGCACCAGGUAUAGGACAACAGGAUCCACCAGUAGUGCCUAAUCGACAAGGCUCGAUCCGCCGGCGGCCUAGUGGCAGAGAGGGUGGUUACUCCAUUCAACAAGCGAUGGGUGAUCAUUUCGAACACUACAGGCAAGAGCCUAGACCACGAACAGUCAUCAAGCAUGGGCGGAGGAUACCCUCACCGUCCAGGAGUGGUAUGAGUCGGGAAAUGCCGCCCAUGAUGUAUAGCCAGCAACAGCAUUACCAUCCUUCGCCCAGGACCAGCUAUGGUCCAGAUGCCACGCCUGACUCGGGAGUAUCGGAAAGCAUGGAUGGUGAUGAACUCUCUCCAUCGCGAUUCCAGAGAAAAUCCCAAUUGCCACCCAUGAUUUACGGUGAUAGCCACGCUUCCAGCCUUCUUAGUUUUGCUCCCAGUGAAGAAGAGAGUCGGACUAUGAGUCCCACCAUGAGUAGUAUGGGUUUAGAUAGUGAAAUAGGUUCCGAAGCCUCCAUGGGAAGCGGUGCAUUUCCCCGGACUGCCUCCCUUUAUGUGAAUCCUCCGAGUCGUCGGAAACAGGAAGUGAGUUCGGGUGGUGGUGAUCUUCUGAAGAGGAAGAAAAGUAUGCCCCAUGGGCCCAAAGAAUUGAGUGCACCUCAAAAAGUGAUACCAAGAGAGGAGGUUGCCUACCUUAGUUCUCAAAGGAGAGAAGAGGUCAGAAGGAUCCAUUAUGAAAGUGAGAGGUUGAGGUCAAAUCCAUUGUUAUAUUUCGUCAGACCAGAUUUUAAGGACUGGUUCUCAAGACAGCAAAUGAUCCUACUGGUUCUCUUCAUCAACAUAAGCCUAGCGAUAAUGUUUUACAAACUAUUGUCAUAGAUCUCGAUACAGCCAAACAACGUUUUCAAAUCGAUCAAAUCGCUGCAAAAUCCCCGAAAAGGGAUUAAUCUCUUGUUGCAUCGCAAGUCCAGCGAAUCUUUCUGGAUACAGAGUCAUAGUAGCUGUGGAACAGCCAUAUUGCUUUUUUUUUACUGGAAGCAACACUGUAAAUCUCCCUCGCCUUUCACUGGGAGACUUAAAAUACAGUAACUAAGCCUCCAAAG